UUAACCUUUAACUGAGAUUCUGUCACAUUUGAUAUCUAGUUUGUCGUUGAUUGAAGUCAUGCAUAAAUCAAUAGUUUAUUUUUAUCUUGUUUUAAAAUUGAGUUUCUUUGUUAGUUUGUAUGUUAAAUCUGUGCAUUGCAUCACUAACAUAGGUUGUCGAAUAAGCAUAGCUAAUGAUACAAAUGAGAAAUUUGUACCAGUGUUGCUGAAGACUGGUCCAGCGGGAUUUGAUUUGGCGAUUUCACAAAAUAGCACAAUUAAUUUAAAAAGAGGUGAACAUAUUGCGUUUUAUUGUCCAAAGAAGAACUAUCUUAGACUAACGAAUACAAGUCUAGAACAUGGAAGAUGCCUUACUGGCAAUAGUUUAAAUAUUAAAGGAAAUCGUUUCGAUUUUCCUAACAUCUUGUGUAAGAAUCAGGUUGUGGGCGAACUGCAAAAAACAGAAGAUACUUGUGGGAACAAGAACGGGCGCUUAUUUAAUAUUGGGUAUCAAAUUACUCCUGAAGAUUUUGUAACUCUUAUUAAGGUGUGCUAUGAUGAGUAUUUGGCCCUGCCGUUAUAUGCAGUGCAUACUAUUUUUGGAAAGGAAAUUGAACAUGCUACAAAAUUUGCCAACCGUACCCAAUUUAGCACAGAAGGUAUUCCUCGUGAUGUUGCCGCCGAAGUAACAUAUAGAGGUGGAAGACGUGAUCAGAAAGCUAAAAUAAGUAAUCUUCUAGGAGGAACGGAAUUUGGAGAAUGCUAUAUAAAUAACCAAUCGUCAUAUCUCGCUCGGGGUCAUUUAGCUCCAGAUCAAGAUUUCUUAUUUGCUAGUGGACAAUUAUCAACAUAUUUUUACAUUAACACUUGCCCUCAGUGGCAAAGUAUCAAUGGCGGCAACUGGGUGCGUUUAGAAGCUGCAAUUAGGAGGAACGCUGCAAAUUACCAGCACAACUUCACGAUUAUCACAGGCACCCAUGAAAUUAUGGAACUUCCAAAUGUCAACUCUGAAUUGACAAGGAUAUUUCUCGCACCAAAAAAUAGAUAUCCGGUGCCAAGGUUUGUCUGGAAGAUUGUUGUAGAUGACGAAACAAAAAAUGGAAUAGCAUUCGUUAAUAUCAAUAACCCAUUUUUAACGAAAAUGUCUGAAAACGAUAUGCUAUGUAAAAAUAUUUGUAAAGAUUAUGAUUGGGACUACCAGUAUUUUAAUACCAGUAUUUAUAAAGGUUUAAUAUAUUGUUGUGAUAUUAAUGAGUUAAGAUAUGUUGUUAAUACCAUCCCGUAUAUUGCAGUUCGUGGAGUAUUAAAACGCAAGAAAUAUAAAUUCUAAUCAAAGAAGAAUUAAAUUAAUUUUUCUAAAUGUAAUGCAAUAAAUAUAAAUAAAUAGUUUACAAAGAA